AGCAGCUAGGGCAUAUUCCUGUUCCAAUAUUCCUACCAGGUUUCAGAGAAGAGAGCAGCUUUUCUUGGAUCUGAUGGUUGAGCCUAUAAGGAAAACACAGGACUGAUCCUAAACCUAUCAUGAAAGAUAAUAUAGCCUGGGAAGUGUCUCUCCUGCCCUUGUCUGCUGGGAUUUUUUGUCUCUUGUGGAUUAUUUGGUCACUGGAUUUAUCACUGGAUGUUCCAAUCCAUAGAUUUGAGCUUUUGAAGGAAAUACUGAUUUAGUGGAAGUUGUGAGUUAGAGAUCCUCUUCUGUAAGCUCUGCAGGAAGGAGGGCACAGGAAUGCUGCUUUGAAAUGCCAUUCUCAUGAGUGUAAGGAACCAACAGAACUGUAAUGUCUAACCCUACAUGGAAUAACAACUCUUGGAAGUUUUUUGGGCUGUACCUGACUCUGUGCAAAACUUAACAAAUCGGCUGCAGCUCCUUCUGCUAAGGAUCAGCCUUGGUACAGAAACAGUGGUAGUUAAAAGGCAGUAAGUAUAUCUGCUAGCUUAAAUGCUGUGGGUUUUUUUUUUCUCUCUCUUUUCCUUUUUUUAAUUCACAAGCACAGCUUUUUACUCCUCACACAGUAGGAAUUUGUCAGGAGCUUGCUGGCAUUAAUAGUCUAUUUCAGCUCUUUUCUAUAGCCCAGCAGCUACAGAGGGGGGGAAAAAGCAUGCUUUGUAUGGAGCUGUGGUUGGGUCUUUGCUGCAGUGCCCAUCUGAACUUGGCUGUGUCUAUUUUGUCAGCUUUUGCUUCCCUCUAGUAGUUGCUGGUCCCUUCCUAAACUCACGAAAUCCCACCAUGAAAUGCCUCUGCUUGGAUCAGGGUUCUGGCUGCUCCUGACCUGAACCACUUCUCUUGAUGGUUUUGCUUCUCAAGCUCUUUACUGCAAAACAAGAUAUCUUUGGGUUUCAAUUCUUUGUCUGGCUUUUUAGCUUUUACUUCUCAAUUGAUCUCCAGAGGAGUGGAACUAGGACAAAACACGUGGUAUUCUUAACCAGGGAUCCAUGGAGAGGGUGUAAGCUAUUGGAAAAGUGAGUGGCAUUCUUGAAAUGGUGUGGUUGCGUUUAUUUGGGUGUGGAUAUAAUCAUGCUUCUGUGAUACAGUUCCUGCUGAGUUUGAAAUGCUAGUGUUAGUAAAGCCAGAAGGAGAGCCAGACAAAAGCUUGGAGAAAAGUCAGAAUUUCAGUGCCUCUUAGUGAUGGUUCAUGGGAAAGUAACGAUUUUGUGUUUGAUUUUCCUAAAGCACUGGGCAUAUGCUUUUUUUCCCUGUGAAUUACUGUUUGUGAAUAUGUAUCUUUACAGCAUGAGAACAUCAGAAACACCUGGUUUUGUGCCUAGGUUUCACUCAGAGGUAGGUCCUUGUUGGAGACUCUGGGUAGUCUGAUAAAAAUGGUAUUUAACUACAAAGUUUUAAUUUCCGCUGCUGCUGAUCAUGGCAACCUAAUUCCUGGUCUUCCUGAAUCCCUGGAGCAGAGGACAUGCCCUCCUCCUCCUGCUCUGCCACUGCCCUGCCUCUGUCCCCUCCACCCCACACAUUUCUUAGCUUUGUGUAGAGCUCAGCAGAGAUUUCUUCAUGAAGACUGGAAUGUGCUUAUAUAAUAUUUUAUAUAUUAUUUUAGGCUCCUGCUACUCAAAUGUAGGCAAACACUUAACCUCUUAUUCACCAUCAUUAGACGAACCAUGGAAUUGCUGUAGCAGACAUCAAGUCAGGUGGAUCUAAACCAGCUUCUGUUUUUCCUGCCUGGAAGGUUCAUCCUUCAUCAUUUUCCUGGCAAGUGUGGCUACCAAGAGCAGGUUUCCCAGGCCAGGAGUGUUUAGUGGGAGCAUUGAUUGUGAACCACACCAGUGAAAAGUGCUGGGCUAGGCGUAGUGAGGGCUCUUCUGCGUGGGAGGGAUCAGGAAGGGGGUGAUGUGAGAGGCUCAAUCUCUGCAAAAGCAGGGGUAGGACAGCAGUAGGAACGCUGGGCAGAGCUGCUGAAAAGGAGAGAGCAACCUGCUGCACUAAAUCACAUCUCCCCUGGGGACACAGCUCCAUAGUUAGCAUCCUCAAAUGGCAUUCCUUUAUUACGGCAUCAUUGUGCACAGUCCUCUAGAGAGGAAGCAAACGGUCUCUAAAACAAUCUGCUGGCAGCUCAGGCUGGAGUAUUUGAGGUUUUCCAGGGCUCUUUUGCUGUGUCACUCUUCCCUUUAAUGUUCCAGCUUGAAGGUUGUUGUUUUUUCUCCAUCAAAGUGCGUUAAAGCGCCAGUAAGAGUGCUCCAAGGACAAGGUGGAGAAGGCAGCAGCCCAGGGAGAACAAGAGAUACUGCAGAACAGCUUCGUUUCGGUGUAAUCUCUUAUCUGCAUGUGAUGCAAAGACAGGGCAGUUUCCACAAGACUUGGAGGCUGCGUGGUGACAUGUUUUCUGUCCUUUUAUAAAAUCCACCACGUUAUUUUGAUUAGAGCGCUAACGUAACUCCUGGCAGCCUCAAAUCUCACUGCUAGCAGCUACUUCCCUCCAAAGGCUGAUGUGGUGCUAACAAGCAGGGAGAUCUUGGGCGUCCUGUUUACAUGGAGCUGGGAAGACAGCGUGUUCCGUGGGAGGCGCCAAGGUAGCGCUGCAGUCGGAUAUAAGGUGAAAAAACUCCAUGUGUGCAGACAGGCUGUGGUGGGGCGUGUUCAUUUGUGUUUGGUGGUGUUCAGGAACUCCAGCUGCAACACUGGCAUGAUGAUGUUAAGUUCUUUUAUAGCUGAAUAUGUAUCUUUUAUAUCUAUGCAUGCAUAGCAUGUUUGUGUUCGUAUAUAUUUAUAUUUAUAUCUGUUCUCUCUCAUGGGAAAGUCCACGUCCUGAUCAUUUGUGCUUGUGAUCUUCUCACGUAGCUCUCUGUUCAGCUUUUAGGUGGCAGAGACACGGUGGGGCAGGCAGAGCUGAUGGGGCAGCCUGGGGUGUAGCCCAGGAUGGACUGGCUGUGACGACGACGUGCCUUAGCCGGAGAGGUCGUUACCAUGAAGAGUUCCUGCAGAGCUGGCCUCCACAGGGAACCGCUGAAUUCCACAUCCUCCACCUUCCAUCAGGUCAAACGGGUUUCUGGUAUGCACUUAAAGCCAUAUCUCAAGUUACAGAAGAAAGAGCGAUCCCCAGAAAUAAGCCAGGAUUCCCUGCGAGGCCACCAGGGACCAGCACAAGGAGAAAAAUACACCAACUGCACCAAACUGAGCGUUUUCCCAAAACCCUCCCUCGUGACUCCAUCUCAAAAGUUCCUGGGGAUUAUUUAUCCAAAUACUAUGUGCAAUAUGAACGGGAAAGGCCCGGCGGACGCUCCAAGUGCAAGAGAAAAGAAGAACUCCCUGUCUGCCACGAUCCACCAGGGAGAAGAAGGGGAAGGGCCGCUGGAUGUCUGGGCUGUGGUGAAACCUGGCAACACCAAGGAGAAAAUCGCCUUCUUCGCAGCCCAGCAGUGCGGCGGCGGCACCCGCACGGGCUCCAUGAAAAUCAAGAGCACGUGGGACAUCGACGGGAGAACGGCCAAACGCAGGAAAAAAUCAGUGGAUCUUAAAAAAGCCAAAAUCCAACUGGAAAGGAUGAGGGAGGCCAACGCCAGGUGCUCCCAGCCGGAGCCUUUCGCCUGCGGCAUCGAGCACUGCUCGGUGCACUUCGGGAGCGACGGCGGCGAGGGCGCGCUGCCGGGCCGCUCGCUGUCGGUCAUCGAGAUGGUGGCUUUCCUGGAGCAGCGGGCCAGCGCCCUGCUGGUGGACUGUGCCAAAUCCUGCACGGCCGCCUCGGCCACCAGGCUGAGCUCCCAGCCCAAGGCUGCCCCGCACAGCUCCGAGCCCUUCUCGCCAGCCGGGGCAUGUGAGGUGCCAGCAGAGCCGCAGGGCGAGCCCGUGCGCGUGCUGGACAUGGUGGCCAGGCUGGAGUCCGAGUGCCUGAGGCGGCAGAGCGAGCAGAGGGAGCCCGGGAGCCUCUCCCGCAACAACAGCUUCCGCAGGAACGUCGGCAGGGUGCUCCUGGCCAGCGGCACCCAGCCCGAGGGAGACACCCAGAAGGGGGUCCCGGCUCAGGGGCACGGCCUGGGGAAGGCAGGGGUGGCGGAGGCGGGGUACGGAGGUCGCUGUGGCUCUCUGGGUGACACCCUGUGGGACGGCGGCGCCUCUGCCCGGCAGCCGUUUCCUUCGGGGCUGGAUAGCCGGGUGGGGAAUGUGAAUUCGGGACUUGCCCACGCGGUGUUGGCGAUGGCGGCUGGCAGGAAUGACACUGAAACACGGAUUGAGCCUCCCAGGGCUCUGCUGUCCCCGUGUCCCGCUGCUGCCAGGCUGCCACCGGAUCCCUUGCAGGGCAAGAACACGACCGUUGAUUGUACAUCGAAAGAGCCUGUCAUUUUCCCAAAGCAUCCUGCUAGGAAGGAGCCCUUGUGCAUCAGUAUAUCAGUCACCAAGACAGAGGAAGGGUGCAGGAAGGAGAAGCUCUCCAGUUCUGGUGAGGAGUCACUCCCAGGGAGGCUGUUUUUCCUCCAGGGUGAGCAGCCUGCUGCUCAGGAGCAACAGCCACAGCGGGAGGGUACCCAGGAGAAGCCAGAGGAAUUAGCCCAAAACGAGGAUGAGGAUGCUCUGGCAUCUGGUAGAUCGUGUGUCAGAAGCAGUGUCCCUACAGAGCCAUCAGCCCUUUCUGUCCCUCCCACAGAAGGGGCUUUGCAAGUACUUGACGCUUCCUGCCUAAAGCGGCAGGUUUCACAUGACUUUCUGGAGACCAGGUUUAAAAUCCAGCAGCUUUUGGAGCCUCAGCAGUACAUGGCCUUCUUGCCUCACCACAUCAUCGUGAAGAUCUUUGGGUUGCUUCCCACCAGGAGCCUGGUUGCCCUAAAAUGCACUUGCUACUACUUCAAAUUCAUCAUUGAGUACUACAACAUCAGGCCGGCGGACUCGCGCUGGGUGCGCGACCCUCGCUACCGGGAAGACCCUUGCAAGCAGUGCAAGAAGAAAUACGUGAAGGGGGACGUGUCCCUGUGCCGGUGGCACCCCAAGCCCUACUGCCAGGCCCUGCCCUACGGGCCUGGCUACUGGAUGUGCUGUCACCGCUCCCAGAAGGGCAUCCCGGGCUGUAAGUUGGGUCUCCACGACAAUCACUGGGUCCCUGCCUGCCACAGCUUUAACCGCGCCCUCCACAAGAAAACCCGAGGAGCGGGAGCAGAGGUGGAAGAGGAAUAUUAGUGCACAAACACUUUCCUGCAAGAUUGUUUGGGAGAGGAGGAGGAGGAGGAGGAGAUUCUCAUGCCUUGUGCUGUUUACAGUGUAUAUAAUUGUCGUGAUUUUUUUUUUUUUCCCCACAGGGCUAUGAAACUGCACAUACUCAAACACAAGAGCCUUUACCUUUUAGAUUAAAAGAGAGCUUUUAGUCCAUCUCUGUAAAUAACACUAUAAAAACUAAUUGUACAUACAGAGUCUACAGCUGGCUGAACAAGGUAACCCCUACAAUGCAGCUAUCCCAGUGUUGCGGCUAUAGGUGUGUGUGUUUUUAAGUGUCUUGUUUCAAAAUCUGUAUAUCCUGUAUAAUAUAUGAAUGUUUCUGAGAAGAAACUCUAAAUAGGUAAAGGUCAACUUGUUUAAAGAAGCUGCAGACAACUUAACUGGACAACCUGAAACUUAGACUAUAGAACAGAUCCAUUAUAGUAGCGUGGCAGUGGAUUAAAAAAGAAAAAGAGGAAUAUUAUUGUAUGGUCAGAAUAUAAAAAAAACGUUCUUGUCUACCUUACCCAUGUUGUCUGGUUGGGUUUGUUUUUUUUUACAUCAAUAAAAUGUGCAUUCUAGAUCUGCCUUACCAGACUUUAUCUUGUAAGACUUUUGCCCCAAAAUAAAAAUGCUGUAAAACAUGUGGCAGAAACUUGGUGCUGUGCUGUAGUUCAGACAUGCAAUGUGCUUUCUCUAGGAAACCUGUCCUCCUACUAACAAAGGAACAAAAACCCCCCAAAUCUCUUGGAGAACUCCCUGCUGUAAGAUUCCAGCUUUUCCUUUCCUUCCUGCCAGCCCUGUGUGCAGCACAGGCUGCUUUCAUCGGGGAUUCUGGUGCUAGGUGUGCAAAGCUUGCAAGAACCAGCCACUUUCUGGUCCUCCUGCUCCCUGGCUGCUCGAGGAUGGAGCGUGGCUCCAGCAGGAUGAGUGUGGAGUUGUCUUGGCUCUGUGACGUGCUGGAAGCUUUCCUAUCUGCUCUGCAUGGAAUUUUUCCCUUGCAAGAAGACUCCUUGCAGUGUUUGCUCUGCUGCAGCCCCUGGCCUCUCCCAGGGCCGUGGCUUGGUGCUUCCCAGGGGAACUGUAGAGGUUUGUGUCGGAUGAACAGAGAUUCCUCACGCUCAGAACAGGAUGGCAGAAUUUCCCUGGAUCCUUCCCUGUCCUGCAGUGCUGGGAGCCAGAGCUCAGCCUCCUGUUCCAGCCCUCGCAGGGUGGAUGGUUUGGAAGCCUGGGAAUGGAGCCUGGCCAGUGCAGCAGCCGUGUUCCAGGGAGCCCAGCAGAGCGUGGCAGCCGUGCCUUUGCCCUGCCCCUGUCCCUUCUCUGCCCACACCUGGUGCUGUUGCUGUUCCUCUGCUCCUCCUCAGGCCAUGGAUGGACUCCUGACUCUCACCAUUCCAAAUCUCUGAGCUGGUGCAACAAGAGCUGGUGCCACCUUCCCAUGGGGCUCACCCCGGGCCUUCCUCCACCCUGCAAAUCCCACGGAGCUGCUGGAAAGGGCAGGGAUGGGGUGUCCCUGCACCUGGUUCAUCCUCUUCUGUCCUUUGCUGCUGGAUCAGCAAGCUGUGGAGAACUGCUGGCUGUGGGGGCCAGGCUGAGCCACCCACCUCCACCUGCCCUGGCCUUGCAGGGAGUGACACACCUGAUUCCAGAGCAUGAGGAGGACAAAAGGGUUUGAAGGCUUUUGUUCUUUCCUUUAACAGUGGGAGAAGGAAAAUCAAGUCCUGACAGCCUGAAAUGUGGGUUUGGUGAGCUCAGGCUUUUCAGGGAAGUUGAAAGGAUGUGCUGGUUUUCUGCUUUGCUUUCACCUGCUCCUGCCACCCACCGGGUGUCACCCGCCCCUCCUGGAGCUGCUCAGCCUCCCCGCGCUGCAGACAUGAUGACAACCAGGAGGAAUGAAAUUAGGAAUCUAAAAGAAGGGUGUGGCUGCCUUGUAACCAGCUGGGAAGAGGGAGAGGAAAAGUGGGAUCCCUCCUUAACCCCUGACUUCAUCCCCUAAGGGGGCUCAGCCUUCACCCAGACUUCCAUCUGCUUCCUUGGCUCUGCCUGGACCAGCAGGAAAACAACCUCCAGGCUGUUGUUUUGCCAAAGCCAUUGGCAUCAAAAGCCUUCAGCUUAAUUCUGAUUAGGGGAAAAGGGAAAGAAGCUGCUUUCCUGCCCCCCCUCCCAAGACUCUGGAAAACUUGAGGCUGACAGCAGCGAGGAAAGUCCCUGCGAGGCUGGAACGGAGUGGCAGAGGAAAAUAUUUUGUAAUUAGAUAAGGGGCCAGUGAGGUCAUUUUAUUUGGAACAGGGUAUGAGAUUUUGGUCACUUCUGUUGAACAAGGGGGAAAAUGAGGAUAAAAUAAUAUCAUGAGGCUAUUUUGUUGUUGGAGCAGGUAAAGCCAGAGGACAACUUGCUGUCUCCUGUACCCCAUCCCUGCCCUCCCCCCAGGCUGGCUGGGGAGCGUGGGCUGGUUUAUACAUCAUUUAUUACAUUGUCUGCUGGAACUGUCCCUCCUGCACAGCAUUGCUGUUAAAAAUUGUUUCACAGAGCAAGCUCCUGCAGCAUUGGUUCUGAGUGUUGCCAUGCUGAGCUGCCUGCAGGCUUUUUUUUUUCCUGUAACAUUGUAAAAUGCAGAUUUCUGUUUCCUUAAGGGAUGGUUCAGGGAGAGGCCAAGGUCUGAUGAAUGUUAGGGGUUUUGGGUUUUUUUUCCUAAGAAGCAAUUGUUAAAAAAAAAAUAAAAUCCAGUGUCGGAUUUACAAAAUUCAGUGUUUAGAACUGAGGAUGAAGGACUGCACCAUGUGCUUGACUUUCCUGCCUGGGAGCAUUUGGAGUGUCUGGACUGAAUUUCCAGAUAGGCCUGUGAAGAAGUUGUAAUAACAUUUCCAUUGUCCAUAAACUUCCAGUUUUCAUCAAGCUCUGGGGCUCUCCUGGCAUGGACAGCACUGAGAGAACUGCCUGUGGCUGAGCCUUGUGGUUGGGCUCUUGCUCCAUCCUGGCUGUUUCUGCAGCUGAUUUUCCCUUUGCUGGGCCCUGUUCCCUGUGGAGAAAUCCUGGGAUGCUGCAGCAGAGCUGAGUUCCUUGUGUGGGACCCCGGUCCCUCCCUGCACUGCCCCUGGAGCUGUUGGAAAAGCCACGGGAAAGCUCCCAGGGCUGGAGCCCCUCUGCUCUGGAGGCAGGCUGGGAGAGCUGGGAAUGUUCCCCUGGAGAGGAGAAGCUCCAGGGAGGGCUUGAAGGGGCUCCAGGAGAGCUGGAGAGGGACUGGGGACAAGGGAUGGAGGGACAGGACACAGGGAAUGGCAGAGGGCAGGGAUGGAUGGGAGAUUGGGAAAAAAAUUCUUCCUUGUGAAGGUGGUGAGGCCCUGGCACAGGUGCCCAGAGAAGCUGUGGCUGUUCCAUCCCUGGAAGUGUCCAAGGCCAGGCUAGACAAGGGUUGGAGCAACCUGGGAUAGUGGAAGGUGUCCCUGCCCAUGGCAGGAGGUAGAACGAGGUGAUCUUUAAGGUCUCUUCCAACCCAAACCAUUCUAGGAUUUCACACCUGUACAAAACUGCACUGACAGACCCAACCUGAGGCUUGGCUGCCAUUUCUUGUGUGGUGGGAAUGGAGCUGAAGCCUCACCUGGGGCUGUUUCCCCUUCCCACCUGCCUUUGGCUGGUCCAGGCAGUGCUGGUGUGGGGACAGCAUCAUCAGCUGCUCUCCUGCCACAAACCAGGGUGGGCAGAUGACAAAAGCUGCUGGUCCUGCCGAAGCAGAAGUGGCCUGAGCAUUGUGGGCACGAGCUGAGGCAUCCGUCCUCCCCAUCUGGUAUGUCACAAAAAAUGGAGUGAGAGGGGUUGUUUCUCCUCCACUGUCCAGCAGCCUGAGCACCAGGGCCCGUGGGCACAGCCUGCUUGGCCCUUUCCCAUCCCCAUCCCCCUGACACUGCUUCACUUGAGUAACUCCAUCCUUCAAAAGACACCUUCCUGCAUCCUGAAAUGAGCUUUUAACGAGGAGCCUCUGCAUGCAGAAGGAAUCCACCACCUCCAGAAACAUCCCCAGCACAGGAGCAGCCCCAAGCCAGGCUCACCCAAGGGGUUUAUCAGUUUACAUGUACACAGAGGGAUGUGUGUGUGUGUGUGUGUGUGUGUGUGUGUGUGCUGUGCCAGACUCCACCCCCUGCUCCCAUGGAGAUGCAGUUAUUUUAUGUAAGAGUAUUUUUUUAGAAUGGGUAUUGCUGAUUCCACCGCUGUACGACUGAUUGCACUGUAACAGGUCUGGUCCCUGUGAUGCUUUGAAGGCUGGAAAUCCUUGUGUACUUUGCCCAGCACGGUGAAAAACAAACCACACCGAAGUAACAGUCAUAAAUAUACAACUUUAAAAAAAAAAUUACUGUUAAAGAUUUAUUGCAAUAAUACAAUAAAAUUUAGAAGGAAAAAAAAAAAAAACAAAAC